AGCCUUGGCGGACUAGGGCACAGGGCAGGGGCUGGGGCUCUGGCAGCCUUUCGGUGGAUUUAGGGUACCUCACUCGCCAACAGCUCGGAGGAGGAAGCCGCCUUGCAGCCACCAGGCAGAGGAAGCGAGCAGAAGCCCUGCCUUCCACCUCCAGACCGGAACCUGUCUCUGCUGGGGACCUGGCCGCCCUCUAAGCUAGUGGGCUCCGUUUCCUGGUGUGAGAAGAAGCAGCCGCCCAGGACCAGCCCACGGGAUGGUGCUUUCCUUGUUAUGACGAGGUAAUCUAGGCACGCCCAGAGCCUUGCCUGCCAGGGAAGGCAAGGGAGAAGAUGGAGUCGGAGCCCAUCUACAACCUGCUGCAGCUCCCAAAGGAGGUGGCUCAGCCCACAGAGGAGGAGCUCCCACGAGGAGGAAAGAAGAAAUACCUGUCCCCCAUUUCCCGGAGGGACCCCAAGUUUGAAGAACUACAGAAGGUGCUGAUAGAAUGGAUCAACACCACACUCUUGCAAGAGCACAUUGUGGUCCGCAGCCUGGAGGAGGACAUGUUUGAUGGGCUCAUUCUACAUCAUCUGUUCCAGAAGCUGUCAGCCGUCAAGCUCGAAGUGGAGGAAAUCUCUCUGACCUCAGCCAGCCAGAAGCGCAAGCUGGGAGUCAUCCUGGAGGCCAUCAACCGGAGCCUGCAGGUUGAAGAGCAGCAGGCCAAGUGGAGCGUGGAGACCAUCUUCAACAAGGACCUACUGGCCACCUUACAUCUCCUGGUGGCCCUGGCCAAACGCUUCCAGCCGGACCUGCCCCUCCCAUCCAACGUCCAGGUGGAAGUCAUUCACGUUGAGAGUACCAAGACAGGCCUGAAGUCAGACAAGCUGGUGGAGCAGCUCACAGAGUAUAACUCACACAAGGAGCAGCCUUCACAGGACGCCUUUGAUGAAUUAUUUAAGCUGGCUCCGGAGAAAGUGCAUGCCGUCAAAGAGGCCAUCGUGAGCUUUGUCAACCAGAAGCUGGAGGGCCUGGGCCUGUCUGUGCAGAGUCUGGACACCCAGUUUGCAGAUGGAGUCAUCCUGCUCCUGCUGAUUGGACAGCUGGAAGGCUUCUUCUUGCAUCUGAAGGAAUUCUAUCUCACUCCCAGCUCUCCCAUGGAAAUGCUGCACAACGUGACCCUAGCCUUGGAACUGCUCAAGGAUGAAGGCCUUCUCAGCCACCCUGUCAACCCUGAAGAUAUUGUGAACAAGGAUCCCAAGAGCACACUACGGAUACUCUACAGCCUAUUCCAGAAGCAUGCGUUGAGGGCAGAGGGCGACAGGGCACGCCAUGCCCGGGUCCUCUCACCCAGGAGGCUGGUCAGAGCCCAGGUUUCCACAGGCCGCCUGCCCUCCCGGGAUCAAGGCCCUCCCUCCUCAGCUGAGGCCACACAGGCCUCCUCCCCCCACCGUGAACUGCACCAGGAAGUGAGGCUCCCCGGCGGAGCCAGUGACUGGCCUGUCACCACGCGCUUGUUCCUGUCCUGAGCAGAUGGACUGUGAUGCAGGAAUAUGGCCUGGUGAAUGGGUUCUUUUCUCCCUGCACUCUCAGUAACACCCUCAAAGGCAAUUUAAGAUUAUUAUUGAGGGGGAUGGAGAGGUGGCUCAGCAGGUAAAAGUACUGGCUGUUCUCCUCAAGGACCCAAGUUCAAUUCCCAGCGGCUCACAACUGUCUGCAACUCCAGUUCCAUGGGAUCUGACACUGUCACAUAGACACACAUGAGGGCAAAACACCAAUGC